UCUAGAUAGAUAGAGAGAGAGGCGAGUGCACGGCCUCCUUGCCUAUCGGCGAUGUGCUUUUUUCCCCCCCAGAGGUGCCUGGAGGAUUCUGGCGAGACCGGCGUUGCCCUGGUGAUGGCAGCAGGCGGCUGAUUGGGCGUUGGCCGCUCUGGCUGUGCUGAGAUAAGUGCAUUUCAGUUGGGGUGGAGAGACAGAAAGGGGGUGGGGUCACGGAGGAACACUCAGAGAGAGAGAGAGAGAGGGAGACAGAGAGACGGGCUGCGCUGUGCUCUAGAAGGAUGACGGGAAGCCUGGAUCCCUCAGCGUAGGAUAUCCUCUUCAUCUCAGGCAAGGGCUGACUGCAUGCAGGGAAAGCUGUGACAUUGGGAGCCAUCAGCAGGGUGAAUGAUUUCGAGUUGCUUUUCCGUCAUGCAGAAGACGGCAACUGCCCCAUGCAGUGUGUCCUCGUCUAGGGGGCCCAGUGCACCCGGGUCACCGGCCACAUCCAUUGUGGCGCGGAUGGAUAAUCAGGUGAUAGGCUAUAAGGACCUGGCUGCCAUCCCCAAGGACAAAGCCAUUCUGGAGGUGGAGAGGCCGGACCUGAUGGUGUACGAGCCCCACUUCAAUGUCUCCUCCCUCAGCAGGACAGGCCUCUGCCGGAGCCGAGAGAGGUCGAUGUCCCCCCACUCCAUCUCUCCUCCACCGUCUCCCGAGCUCUCCUCUAGUAGGGAGCACAGUAGGGAGUGGCCUGAUCAGGGCUCCCCUGGAGGCUCCACUAUGGGUUCCACCACUCAGCUCCGCAAGAUCAGCGCCUCCUCGCGCGCCUCCGUACAGCACUUUCACAGACCAGAUAAUGGAUCCAAUAUUUAUAAAAAGCCUCCUAUUUAUAAACAUGAUGCUACUGAAAAUAAACAGGACAGCAUCAUCAAGUCCUCCAAGUUCCCAGCGGCCCAAGCUCCUGAUCCAAACGCGCUGUCUAAGAUCGAGACCGAGUACUGGCCAUGCCCACCCUCACUGGCUACCAUGGAGAUUGAGUGGCGGAGGAAGGCGGAGGCGGAGGGUCGGGUGAUCGAGGACGAUGAAUUUGAGGACCUGACGGAGGAUGCCAGGAGGCUCCAGGAACAGGAACUCAACAAGAUCCAGUCCAACCUGGGCAAAUUGAUUCUCAAAGAGGAAAUGGAGAAGUCAGAUUUCCGCCGGAAAACCCGCUCUCUUCCAGACAGGACACACAUGCACUUCGGAACCUCCAGUACCUCCAAAUCCACCUCGUUACCAGCCUGCAGUCGAUCAGGCCUCACUAGGCUACAGUCAGCAGACUUUCCUUCAGAAGGCGUUCAGGCAAGGCCAGGUGCACAGAAUGGAGAUACACAAAGAGGCCGAAUGGACAGAGGAAACUCACUGCCUAGUAUUCUGGAACAGAAGAUUUACCCGUAUGAGAUGCUCGCAGUGACCCAUAGAGGGCGCAGCAAGCUCCCACCAGGCGUGGACAGAACCAGGCUGGAGAGGCAUUUGUCUACAGAAGAGUUUGAGGAGCUGUUUGGGAUGACCAUUACGGAGUUCGAUCGUCUGUCAUUGUGGAAACGCAACGACAUGAAGAAAAAAGUGUCGCUUUUCUAAAGACGGUGACACCAGAGACUUUGGGCCUUUGGACUCAAAUUUGAAAUUUGGUCCUUUCUUGGAUGCAAAUAAUGUCGAUGUACUAUAGAAUACCACCAAGAAAAUAAAGCAUCGCGGGAAGACACUUACAUUCAGAUAUAUACAAAACAAUAGAGCCAUAUCAUUAUCCGAAAGCUAUAUUUCAGUGCUUCAUUUAAAAGCUACAGAAACCACGCCAGUCCUGUCUGCAGUCAAAGCUAUGAUGUCAUGUGUGCUGUCCUGUCCCUGAGUAUGGUCUAAUGUAAGGGCUUUGCGUUACUGAGCAACUAAUUGAGCAAUUUAACCUAGCAUGGUCUGCAGUAUACUUCUGAUGUGUUCAUAGCUCCAUGAUGCAACAAGCAUAACGUUAGAAGCCGUUUACAAGUAUGUAGACAUUUUAAAACAUGGACAUUUAUUUUAUCCGUUUGCGUAUUAACACGUGUAAACAUGGGCAUAAAAAACGCCAUUGUGACAGAUGCGUUUUAGCCCUCUAAAAGGGAUUUAUAAAAAAAAUGGAGACUUCUGAAACUCCAAAGGCUAAAACUGAUGUGUUUUCAAAAAUAACUACGUACAUGUAAACAGCUUCUUAGUCAAAAUUCACUGUAAGUCCAAUACCCAAGAGCACUUGUUUGUAUGAUUUCAGCAAUGCACCAAUCUGACAUACAAGACUUAAAGACAGUUCAUGUAAACACAGACACAUAUAUUAGCCAAAAUGUUUGGAAGGAAACGUGCUCCCCAAUUGCCUUAGAUCACAAUGUAAUAAUACUACAGGCAGACAUCCGGUGUCUCUCCAAGCAAACUUGAAAGUGCCCAUUAAUUUUUCUAAGAAUAUUAUAUGUAGAUAUGCAAGACCAUCACCCUAAUAUUGUCAUCACUUCUCUUUAGACUAGAUUACUCAGUGGUGGACGAACUGACUUAACACAGGUAACGUCCUGCCAUAUAUUCCCUCCUGUACAUCAGUGGUUCUUAACCUGGGGUGCGGGUGAUCAAAAUUCUGCCUCCAAACAUUAUAAUUAGGCCAAAUCAAGACCAAAUCAAAACAUGUGUUGGUCCUAAUGUAAAGUCAUUUAAGUAUUGAUCAAUGUCUAAAGCAAGAAUCUUUGUAAUUAUUCACCUAAAUAAAUUUUUAGUGCGUAUACAGGUGUAAAUGUUUGGGUUGGGGGUGCGCGGCUUGUCUUGGGCACAGGUUAGGUGGUGCUUCAAGAAAAAAAGGUUAAGAACCACUGCUGUACAUACAGUGAGGAGAAUAAGUAUUUGAUCCCUUGCUGAUUUUGUUGGUUUGCCCACUAAUAAAGACAUGAUCAGUCUUUAAUGUUAAUGAUAAUAUGUAUUCUAAUAUGGAGAGACAGAAUAUCAAAAAGAAAAUCCAGAAAUUAACUCUAAAGAAUAUAUAAUAAUUGAUUAAUAUUUAAUUGAGGGAAAUAAGUAUUUGAUCCCCUGCCAACCAUUAAGAGUUCUGAUCCCGCAGAUCAAAUGGCACUUCCAAUCAACUUGUUAUCUGAAUUGAACACACCUGUUAAUAGUAACCUGCACAAAAGACACAUUGAAUCUGCAGAAUCAGUCCAUAGAAUCAGUCAAUCAAUCAAACUAAACUCGCCAACAUGGGACAGACCAAAAAGCUGUCAAAGGAUGUCAGGGACAAGAUUUUAGAACUCAAUAAGGCUGAAAUGGGCUCCUGGAUAUUAAAGAGCAAACUGUUGGUGCAUUUCUUCCCAAUUUUAGGACAUACAAAAUGAUCAUCAAUCAUCAAUCUUAGGCCUGUCUCUGGUUCCAUACAAGAUUUGACCUAAUGGGAAUUUAAUAACCAGAAAAAAAGGAGAUAAAGCACCUUAAAACUGUAUGGGAGGAGCUAGGAAAUGAUCUCAAGGCAGCUGGGACCUCAAUCACUAAGAAAACUAUUGGAAACACUUGAUACCACAGCGGAUUAAAAUUCUACAGUGCAUGUAUGCCACCCCGGCUUCAGAAGGAACCUGUUCAGGCUCACCUGAGGUUUGCCAAUGAACGUCAAACUGGAUUAGGAUAUGAUUGGGAGGUGCUGGAAUCAGAUAACACCAAAAUCAAACUGUUUGGCAUUAACACAACUCUAUGUGUUUGGAGGAAGAGAAACGCUGCCUAUGAUCCCAAGAACAACACCUUCUCCAACAUCAUAAAUGAAAGUGGUAACAUUAUGUUUUGAGGUUGUUUGUCUGGCCAAGACACAGGACAACUUCACAUCGUCAAGAAAUGGAUGGAGGGAGACAUGUAAACGUACAAUGCUGCAUGCCAACCUCUUUCCCACCACCACUAGACUGAAGGUGGGUCAUGGAUUAGCCUCCCAAAAUGAUAAUAAUCCAUAACAUACAGCCCAAGCAACGAAGGAGUAGCUCAAGCAGAAGCACAUUAAGGUCAUGAAGUGGCCUAGACAGUUUCCAAACAUUAACCCUAUAAUAAUCCUGUGAAGGGAACAGAAGUUCCCAUUUGGCAAGCUACAGUCAUACAACUUAAGUGAUUUAGAGAUUAUCUGCAAAGAAAAGUGGACAAAAAUAAUUUCUAAUAUACCCACAAACAUUGUCAUUAACUGAAAAAAACAUCUGACCUCUGUAUGUGAAAACAAGGGCUUUGCCACCAAGUAUUUUGUCUUUUUGGACUAGAGGGGUCAAAUACUUAUUUUCCUCAAUGGAAUACAAAUCAAUUAAAAUAUAUUCUUCAAAGUUAUUUUCUGGAUUUUCUUUUUGAUAUUCUGUCUCUCUAUAUUAUAAUACAUUUUAUCAUUAACAUUAUAGAAUGAUCAUGUCUUUAUUAGUGGGCAAACCAACAAAAUCAGCAAGGGAUCAAAUAUUUAUUCUCCUCACUGUAACCCUGUGAGGCGCACAGGGAAGGAAACAGAAUAAACACAUCGAAUUGUUUUAGCAUGCACCAAAAGCUCACUGGAAGGUUUUUGGUGCUGACCUCAAAGUUAAUUUCUCUGGGAUUCUCUUUUUUGGUGAACACACAAACUUCUUUUUGUCUCUCUCAGCUAAUACUCCUGCCUCGACAGUUAACACGGGCUCUUUCACUAAUUAGCUCAUCCUGCCUGGACUUAAUGGUGGGGUAGGAGAUCUUAUUUCUGGAGCAUUUUUUUAUUAUACGGCUCAAAGUCCUCUUCACAGCUGCAUUGCAGACAGUAAAUUAGGUUUGUCCCGAAAGUGAAGUGCUGUAUUUCGAUCAAGUCUAGAGUGCAAAAGGAAGAAACUCAGAACUAGUCGUUCAAAAUGAUUGGAUCCUGAAGAAAGGGCGUGUGAAAUUUAGCUUGCUGGAAGGAUUUGUCCAAGAUUCCCUACCCUACCUUUAACCUGUCUGAUGAGUCGUGCUGAUUGGUGUGGAAUAAAUAGGCCUACAACCAGAAUAAAUACACUGUUGGAAGUUAUUCCAUCAACAGAUGUGCACCUCUGAGUAUCAUUAAACCUUGCUAAUUUAUUGUGAUGUCUGAAACAUUGUACAUUAUACUGCACUGUUGACACAGAAAGAAAUUAUUUACUUUUACUGUUAUUUGAAUUUGAUGUACUAUGUCAAACUCUUCAUGUGUCUUUAAUAGCCUAACCACAUUCUUGACUAAGUGUAAUUAACGAACUUAACCAAAACUGCAGAACUAGUGUCUAAAUCAGUCAUUCUCUAACAUCUAAAUGUAAUAGAACAGUGAACUAAUAAUAGGUAUUCCAAAUUGCCUCUGUAUGCGCACCAUGGCACUGAAUGCAAACUAAAACAACGUUACUGAACUGAACAGACCGAAACGUCUGCUUAUUGUGUCCCAGGCAGGCUCAUUGAAAAUUAUUGACAUUUAGAAUGUAGGACAAGACUUAAUAUUAGUAACCUGUAGUGAUCCCUUUCGAGAUACCCUUGUAAGGUUACAAUAUACUUUCCUGUCUUCGUAGUCCUUGAUUCGUCUUUGGUGAUGUUUUAUCCAUGUUUUCCCCUUUCUUUGAAUUGCUUCUCACAUGAAACAAAUACACACAUUAA